CUAGUCUUUGAGGAAACUUCAUGCUCAUUGAAAUACUUUUACUUCUGUGUUGUUUGAUCCUCCUUGCAUUUAUGUGAAGUGGGCAGACAGGACAGUGAUCUCUAUUAUUCUUAUGAGGACAUUAAGGAUCCCAGAGAAGUGGCAUACCCGCUGUCACAGGGCAAAUAAUCAAAUGGAGCCAGGAUUUGAACCUCAGUCUCUAAAUUCUGUGUAUCCAGACUGGAUCUGAGUUGUGGGGCAGUAGGGGAUGGGGCACAGGAUUGGGUGUCAGGAGUCUUGGUUUCAGAUCCAAGCUCUGCCACUCACAUCCCGACUCCCCCUGAGCAAGCUUUUUUAAACAUUUGUGAGCCUUGGUUUCCACACUGGUAAAAUGAAGAAAACAUCAGCCGCCCCCCAGGAUUGUGAUGAGGUAUAAAGAAGGAGCUCUGAGCUUGCAUAUGACGGGGGGUGCCAUGGAUUUUAGUCCCUUCCCUCCCUUUUCAUUCCUGGUGGCCCAGACCCAGAUGAGCAGGGCGGGAGCAUGAGUGGUGACAUAUGGGACUCCUCAGGGGAAGGCAGAUAGGGAAGUCAGGUCUCCAAUGUCAUGUCUGAGGCCACUCCCAGUUUAUGGGAUCUGGUGCAAUGACUCUUUGAAGAGGCAAUAAAAUUCAGUCGGCUAGGAAAUGACAACAGAGGAGAGUCCUGACUUAGCAAACCAAAUGAACAAUUUUUUUUUUUUUACAAGGCAAGGAAUUCUGGAUGGGUCGUGAAAAUCACAUUCUAAUGCAAUUAGCUUUCUGGGUUAGGAAAAGGCUUUCCCAAGAGCAAAAGAAGUGUAACAUGCCAACACCCCAUAGAGAGUGUAUAUAAACAGCCAGACAGGCCUCGGGAGUCCAGAACCCGAGCUCAGCGCUAAACUGCAACCUUUCUCUGCUGGCACCAAUGGCCGCCCAGAUCUGCAACCCGACCUUUUCCUCUGGGUCUGUGAAGGGCCUCUGUGGCACAGCAGGUGGCCUUUCUCGGGUGUCCUCCAUCCGCUCCCUGGGGUCCUGCCGGGUCCCCGGUCUUGCUGGUGCUUCGGGAUCCAUCUCUUCAUUCAGAAUGGGCCUCCCUGGCCUGGGGAGCUGUUUGCCUGGCUCCUACCUGUCCUCUGGCUUUGCUGGGACCGGGGGCUGGUUCUGUGAGGGCUCCUUCAACGGCAGCGAGAAGGAGACCAUGCAGUUCCUGAACGACCGCCUGGCCAACUACCUGGAGAAAGUGCGCCAGCUGGAGAGGGAGAACGCGGAGCUGGAGAGCCGCAUCCGUGAGUGGUACGAGUGUCAGAUCCCGUACAUCUGCCCGGACUACCAGUCCUACUUCAAGACCAUUGAGGAUCUCCAGCAGAAGAUCCUGCUGACCAAGGCGGAGAAUGCCCAGCUAGUCAUGCAGAUCGACAAUGCCAAGCUGGCUGCUGAUGACUUCCGGACCAAGUACGAGACCGAGCUGUCCCUGCGGCAGCUGGUGGAGGCUGACAUCAAUGGCCUGCGCAGGCUCCUGGACGAGCUGACCCUGUGCAAGGCUGACCUGGAGAUUCAGGUGGAGUCCCUGAAGGAAGAGCUGCUCUGCCUCAAGAAGAACCACGAGGAGGAAGUCAAUGCACUCCGUUGCCAACUUGGGGACCGACUGAAUGUGGAGGUGGAUGCCGCCCCACCUGUGGAUCUCAACAAGAUACUGGAUGAUAUGAGAUGCCAAUAUGAGGCCCUGGUGGAGAAUAACCACAGAGAUGUAGAGGCCUGGUUCAACACCCAGACUGAGGAGCUGAACCAGCAGGUGGUGUCCAGCUCAGAGCAGCUUCAGACCUGUCAGACCGAGAUCAUUGAGCUGAGACGCACGGUCAACGCCCUGGAGAUUGAGCUGCAGGCCCAGUAUAGCAUGCGAAAUUCCUUGGAAUCCACCCUGGCGGAGACAGAGGCCCGCUACAGUUCACAGCUGGGCCAGAUGCAGUGUAUGAUCACCAAUGUGGAGUCCCAGCUGGCCGACAUCCGCUGUGACCUGGAGCGGCAGAACCAGGAGUACAAGGUGCUGCUGGAUGUCAAGGCUCGGCUGGAGUGUGAGAUCAACACCUACCGGGGCCUGCUGGAGGGAGAAGACUGCAAGCUUCCUCCUCACCCUUGUGCCACGGAUUGCAAGCCUGCCAUGAGAGUUCCUUGUGUCCCCUGCGCCCCAACCAUACCCUGCACCCCGGCGGGUCCUCAGAUCAGCACCCAGAUCCGCACCAUCACCGAGGAGAUAAGGGAUGGGAAAGUCAUCUCCUCCAGGGAGCAUAUGCUGCCCCGCCCGCUGUGAUCAGGCUCGGCCCCCCAGGAAGCCCCCUCUGGCUCCUGGCUGCUAAAUGACCCCUCAGUCCCCUAGAUGGGGGGCUACUCCGCUUAGCAGGCUUUUCUACCAAAAUUCUUCUUGUGUCGUGCGUCUGGUCUUAACUGUGCUUUUGGUAUCAUGUGUAACCAGGUUCCCCUGGAAGCAUCCCUAAUAAAGUGUGGUCUCUU